GGAGGGGAAGGAGGUCUAGGGGAAGGGGGUCUAGAGGAAGGAGGUCUAGGGGAAGGGGGUCUAGAGGAAGGAGGUCUAGGGGAAGGUGGUCUAGAGGAAGGAGGUCUAGAGGAAGGAGGUCUAGGGGAAGGAGGUCUAGAGGAAGGAGGUCUAGGGGAAGGAGGUCUAGAGGAAGGAGGUCUAGGGGAAGGAGGUCUAGGGGAAGGAGGUCUAGAGGAAGGAGGUCUAGGGGAAGGAGGUCUAGGGGAAGGGGGUCUCUCUACCCUUUCUCACGCAGGUCUCUGCUUGGCCGGAAUGAUAUAAUUCCAAUGGAACAAGGUAGGAAGCACACCUUUCUUGAGGCGUCUACGUCCCCCUACUGCGGUCACCAAAAUGAGUGCUGCAUACUUUAUGGUGUUUAGUGAACUUCUUUCUUUUUAUUUUGACGAGACACUUUUUCCUGACUUCUUCAUCUACAGGGAGUGUGGAAAUUAACCGUGGAGUUGUACCAAUGAUGUGUAUAAACCCUGGAUGACUGACAAGGGGCACUCCUCCUCAGUUGUAAAAAAUAUUUUGGAAGCUAUAGUGAUUCAUAAAAAAACAAAAAAACAUUUGUAUUCUAUUACAGACACCUUGAUGCAUACUUUUAAAUUACACUAUAUAUAUACAAAAGUAUGUGGACACCCCUUCAAAUUAGUGGAUUCGGCUAUUUCAGCCACACCUGUUGCUGACAAGUGUAUGAAAUCGAGCACACAGCCAUGCAAUCUCCAUAGACAAACAAUGGCAGUAGAAUGGCCUUACUGAAGAGCUCAGUGACCUUCAACGUGGCCACCUUUCCAACAAGUCAGUUCAUAAAAAUGUCUGCCCUGCAAGAGCUGCCCUGGUCAACUGUAAGUGCUGUUAUUGUGAAGUGGAAACGUCUAGGAGCAACAACGGCUCAGCUGCGAAGUGGUAGGCCACACAAGCUCACAGAACGGGACCACCGAGUGCUGAAGCGCGUAGCGUGUAAAAACUGUCUGUCCUCAGUUGCAACACUCACUACCGAGUUACAAACUGCUUCUUGAAGCAACGUCAGCACAAGAACUGUUAGUUGGGAGCUUCAUGAAAUGGGUUUCCAUGGCCAAGCAGCUGCACACACGCCUAAGAUCACCAUGCGCAAUGCCAAGCGUCGGCUGGAGUGGUGAAAAGCUCGCCGCCAUUGGAUAAUAGAGCAUUGGAAAUACGUUCUCUGGAGUGAUAAAUCACGCUUCACCAUCUGGCAUUCCGAUGGAUGAUUCUGGAUUUGGUGGAUGCCAGAGAACGCUACCUGCCCCAAUGCAUUGUGCCAACUAUAAAGUUUGGUGGAGGGGGAAUAAUGGUCUGGGGCUGUUUUUCUUGGUUCGAUCUAGGCCCCUUAGUUCCAGUGAAGGGAAAUCUCAAAGCUACAGCAUACAAUGACAUUCUAGACGAUUCUGUGCUUCCAACUUUGUGGCAACAGUUUGGGGAAGGCCCUUUCCUGUUUCAGCAUGACAAUGCCCCCGUGCACAAAGCGAGGUCCAUACAGAAAUGGUUUGUCGAGAUCGGUGUGGAAGAACUUGACUGGCUUGCACAGAGCCCUGACCUCAACCCCUUCAAACACCUUUGGGAUGAAUUGGAACGCCGACUGUGAGCCAGGCCUAAUCGCCCAACAUCAGUGCCCGACCUCACUAAUGCUGUUGUGGCUGAAUAGAAGCAAGUCCCCGCAGCAAUGUUACAACAUCUACAAAUUAGUGGAUUUGGCUAUUUCAGCAUCUCCAUAUUAAUGCCCAUGAUGAAAAAGUGGACCCUUGCAUUUUGGCUGAUCCAUUUGUGGUUUCAGGGUGGGUGAAAACAGAGUUGGGUGCUGUGGAAUCGGUGAGGGUAACCAGAAGUGGUCUGGUGAUAAUUGUUUGUGUUUCUGCUGGUCAGAGGGAGCAGGCGCUCCGUGUUAAACGAAUGGGGGCAAGAGAUGUGAAUUGUUUUGCUCUCAAGAAAAGGGUGCCAUUGAAAGGUGUGAUUACUGGGGUAGCGGUAAAUGUGAAAGCUGACCAACUGAAGGGGAAGAUUCCCGGUGUUUGUGAUGCUUGUCGUUUGGUGCGACGCAGACAGGGUGGCGUGAGUGAUGAAACAGAAGAGUCGUUGUCUGUUCUUUUGAGUUUUGAUGUUGAGUCUUUGCCCGACAAAGUGAUGUUAGGAUAUAUAAGUUAUCCGGUACGAGCUUUUGUGGCAGGUUGAGAGGCAGGUUGAGGUUUCCAGGGUUAGAGUAGUGCAGAAGUUGUCAUAUGCUGAGGCAGUGAAGAAAGUAGAGGAGGAUGGGUCAAGGGGGAGGGAUCCUGAGAGGAAUGGUGUGAGUAGUAGAUCUGUACCAGUACAGAGGGAUAAACCAACAAGUGAUAUAUGUUUCAGUCAGAUUAAAUUUUUUCAUUUAUAGCAAUGGUAAUCAACUGUACUGCAGAGAUGGAACGUAAGUCGCAGAAAAUAGAGGUUGUGGUGGCAGCUGUAGAGAGGUAUUUGGGUGUGCCAGUCUUGACAUCAGAAGAGUUACAGGGUGUGUUAACAUUUACAUUUACAUUUUAGUCAUUUAGCAGACGCUCUUAUCCAGAGCGACUUACAGUUAGUGAGUGCAUACAUUAAUUUUUUUAUUUUUCAUACUAGCCCCCCGUGGGAAUCGAACCCACAACCCUGGCGUUGCAAACGCCAUGCUCUACCAACUGAGCUACAUCCCUGCCGGCCAAUUGUGUGCCGCCCCAUGGGUCUCCCGGUCACGGACAGCUACGACAGAGCCUGGAUAUGAACCAGGAUCUCUAGUGGCACAGCUAGCACUGCGAUGCAGUGCCUUAGACCACUGCGCCACUCGGGAGAAUGCAGUGGAGGGCCAGGUCUUCUGCAGGGCCAGGUCCAGCAGAGACAGGCAGUGCAGCACUGCAGACUCCAACUGCUUCUUACCAGGGAAGGGGGCGUUAAGUGGUGGUGUUCCAUCCUUUCAGGCUGUUGGCCUGAAGUAGGAAUAAAUAGAUUUAAAUAGUGGAGUAUGGUAGUUAUUAUUAUUAUUACUUGUUUUUUUGUGAGUGUAGUGUUAGAUGGUACGGUAUUUGUGGUAUUUUUUAAAGCAAAGUAUAAGGGAGUUAUACUCCAGUCCAGUAGGUGGCGGUAAUGCAACAUUUAUUGGAUGCCAACCGCCGUUAAACCUCAUCGAAGAAGAAGAAGCAAUCCAGGGUUUAUAUACACUACCAGUCAAAAGUUUGGACACACCUACUCAUUCAAGGGUUUUUCUUUAUUUUUACUAUUUUCUACAUUGUAGAAUAACAGUGAAGACAUCAAAAAUAUGAAAUAACACAUAUGGAAUCAUGUAGUAAACAAAAAAGUGUUCAACAAAUCCAAAUAUAUUUUACAUUUGAGAUUCUUCAAAUAGCCACCCUUUGCCUUGAUGACAGUUUUGAUGUCUUCACUAUUCUACAAUGUAGAAAAUACUAAAAAAUAAUGAAAAACCCUGGAAUGAGUAGGUGUGUCCAAACUUUAGACUGGUACUAUACAUCAUUGAGUUGUUGCUUGCCGAGACAGAGCAAAAGGGGACUCAACAAUAAUCAGAGGAUCCCUCGCGUCAUUUAUCUAAAUAUUGUUUUUACAUUGGUCAUCAUAUUCGCCUUUUUGUGUAGAAUUCACCACAACAACUAGCUAGGUACCUCGACACCACAAACAAACAUCAACAACAGAAAAACACACGCAAAUAGGAAGUAAAACGGAAGCGCGUCACUGCUGAGCUGACUAAUCGACAAGGAGUUGUACGUUUGGUCUAGCCAAUCACACACAACAACAGUGGCUUCGAAAGAUUGGCGGUCGAAGCGCAAAGAAUAGGGUGCCUUUGAUUUUAAAGUUAUUGUACGUCACAUAUAGCUAAAUACGUUAGUAUGAUGCAGGUAAGAGUUUAAUUGUUAAUUAAAUUAGUCAAGUUUCGUCCUACAUUACUGAUGUCUCUAGCUAACUAACACUGUAGCUAAUAGCUAGCGUUAACUUUGUUUGAAAAAUGGCUUUGGCUAGCUAACGUUAGCAAAGUUGCUAGCUAGUUAGCUAAGGCAGCUAACACAAAUAUUAUCUAUGGCUAACGUCAACUUCUGAGCAGUGCCAAUGGUGACGUUAGCCAGUUUAGCUUGUUAAACUAUUAAAUCUCUUUGCAGAAUAAGGAGAAUUGUGAUCCUAAAGGCCUACAAAGACCGGUAGGUUUCGCCACACUCGUCCCUUUUCUCUUUAUAAUUCCCUCCUGUCCUAGUCGAGUUUUUCUCAACUCCACGGUGAAGUUACAUCACAUCAAUGGAGUUGAGUGAAGACGAGCGUGUGGACUACGGGUGUCACUAGUUACCACAGUCAGUCAAGAUGUGAACUUGCUUAUGGUGGAAAAUGAACAUUUUAAUCCUCUGGCAACUCUGGUGGACAUUCCUGCUGUCAGCAUGCCAAUUGCAUGCUCCCUCAACUUGAGACAUCUGUGGCAUUGUGUUGUGAGACAACUGCACAUUAUUAAAAAAAUAUGCACUCACUAACUGUAAGUCGCUCUGGAUAAGAGCGUCUGCUAAAUGACAAAAAUGUACAUUUUAGAGAGGCCUUUUAUUGUCCCCAGCACAAGGUACAGCUGUGUAAUGAUCGUGCUGUUUAAUCAACUUCUUGAUAUGCCACACCUGUCAAGUGAAUGGAUUACCUUGGCAAAGGAGAAAUGCUCACUAACGUGUGUAAACACAUUUGUGCACAAAGUUUUAUAGAAAUACGCUUUUUGUGUGUAAGGAAAAUGUCUAAUCUUUUAUUUCAGUUCGUAAAACAUGGGACCAACACUUUACAUGUUGUGUUUAUUUUUGUUCAGUGUACUUCCAGAAAAGGUCUAAAUAAAAAUGUACAAGCUACCGGCACCUCCAAUGUAAAUCACUCGGAGCGCCCCAGCUUGUCCUAAAACCUGUAAAUGGGCAUCUUGGUCUGUUUCGUUCAGCUAUCCCUAUGGGGAAAGAAUAGGGUUUUGGGAUAAAUGCAGAAAAUAAGGUCUGAGGUUAACACAGGCUUAGGAGAUCUUAUAUGUUUUGUUCUAUGAGAUAUCAGUCAGUUAACAUGACCUCUAUGAAUUUAUGUGCUUAAAAAAAAAAAGUGUAUAUAAAUGCUUCUGUUGAAGAUUCUCAUAGAAUAAAAUGUAUAAGAUCACCUAAGCCUGUGUUUACCACAGACCUUAUUAUUUGGUGAGUAACUAACUUAUUUUGACAUGAAAAUGCUUGCAGAGCUGUCUAAUGUUGGGGAGUUUGAAUCAGCGCUUCCUGCCCCACAAGCUAGGGCAGGGUUCGGCAUAAGGUUAGCAGUGUGGUUAGGUUUAAAAUCAAAUUUCAAAACUUUUCAGCGUCAUAUUCAUCUCUAACACCACCCCAACAUCAACAUACUUUUGGUUUUUGUAGCGUAUGUGGACACCUGCUCGUCGAACAUCAUUCCAAAAUCAUGGGUAUUCAUAUGGAGUUGGUCCCCGCUUUGCUGCUAUAACAGCCUCUGCUCUUCUGGGGAAGGCUUUCCACUAGAUGUUGGAACAUUGUUGCGGGGACUUGCUUCCAUUCAGCUACGAGCAUUAGUGAGGUCGGGCACUGAUGUUGGGCGAUUAAGCCUGGCUUGCAGUCAGUGUUCCAAUUCAUCCCAAAGGUGUUCGAUGGGGUUGAGGUCAGGGCUAUGUGCAGGCCAGUCAAGUUCUUCCACGCCGAUCUCGACAAACCAUUUCUGUAUGGACCUCGCUUUGUGCACGGGGGCAUUGUCAUGCUGAAACAAACUGUUGCCACAAAGUUGGAAGCACAGAAUCGUCUAGAAUGUAUGCUGUAGCGUUAAGAUUUCCCUUCACUGGAACUAAGGGGCCUAACCCGAACCAGGAACAACAGACCAUUAUUCCCCCUACACCAAACUUUACAGUUGGCAGUAUGCAUUGGGGCAGGUAGCGUUCUCCUGGCAUCCACCAAACCCAGAAUCAUCCGUCGGACUGCCAGAUGGUGAAGCAUGAUUCAUCACUCCUCCAAUGUCCAAUGACGGCAAGCUUUACACCACUCCAGCCGAUGCUUGGCAUUGCGCAUGGUGAUCAUAGGCUUGUGUGCGGCUGCUCGGCUAUGGAAACCCAUUUCAUGAAGCUCCAGAUGAACCGUUCUUGUUCUGACGUUGCUGCCAGAGGCAGUUUGGAACUCGGUAGUGAGUGUUAGACGAUUUUUACGCGCUUCAGUACUUGGCGGUCCUGUUCUGUGAGCUUGUGUGGCCUACCACUUCGUGGCUGAGCCAUUGUUGCUCCUAGACAUUUCCACUUCACAAUAACAGCACUUACAGUUGACCAGGGCAGCUCUAGCAGAAAUUUUAUGAACUGACUUGUUGGAAAGGUGGCAUCCUAUGACAGUGCCAUGUUGAACGUCACUGAGCUCUUCAGUAAGGCCAUUCUACUGCCAGUGUUUGUCUAUGGAGAUUGCAUGGCUGUGUUCUCGUUUUUAUACACCUGUCAGCAACGUGUGUGGCUGAAAUAGCCGAAUCCACUCAUUUGAAGGGGUGUCCACAUACAGUUGAAGUCGGACGUUUACAUACACCUUAGCCAAAUACAUCUAAACUCAGUUUUUCACAAUUCCUGACAUUUAAUCCUAGUAAAAACAUUCCCUGUCUUAGGUCAGUUAGGAUCACCACUUUAUUUUAAGAAUGUGAAAUGUCAGAAUAAUAGUAGAGAGAAUGAUUUAUUUCAGAUUUUGAUUUCUUUCAUCACAUUCCCAGUGGGUCAGAAGUUUACAUACACUCAAUUAGUAUUUGGUAGCAUUGCCUUUUUAAUUGUUUAACUUGGGUCAAACGUUUCGGGUAGCCUUCCACAAGCUUCCCACAAUAAGUUGGGUGACUUUUGGCCCAUUCCUCCUGACAGAGCUGGUGUAACUGAGUCAGGUUUGAGAAUGAUAAUUAUUGUGUGUGUCUCUUCUUAAAGGGACAUUUCAAAAUUGUUGAACUCCAUAUACAUCAUCUCCAGCACCACCCUAACAUCAACACACACAAACAUACAGUUGAAGUCAUUAAAACUCGUUUUUCAACCACUCCACAAAUUUCUAGUUAACAAACUAUAGUUUUGGCAAGUCGGUUAGGACAUCUACUUUUCAUGACACAAUUUUGAAAUGUUUAUGAAGAGACAUUGUAGAAUAAGUCGAGGUUUAGCCAUAAUUAUGACUUUGUGGUAACUAGUGACAACCCUGUAUCUCCGACUACAUCGAGUCGCUGUCGGUCGAUACUUCUAAAAUGUAAAUUGUUAAAAAAAAUAGUAAAACCCUUACCGUGUACCUAAUGUUUGUCCUCAGUAGCUUUUUUGUUUGCUGAAAUCCGUACUUUAUAAUAAAGCGUUAAUCAAAUACAACCACCAACUGUUUCCUCGUAUCGACUGACAGCAACUCGAUGUAGUCAGAGGUACACUCCGCCCACAGUCGUCGCAACCCAACUCCUCUGAUAUGUACAUCAUGGAGUUGAGAAACCCAUCUAGUAGAUGGCAUCUACUCCAUUCCUAGCUAGCUAGUUGCCCAUAAAAGAAAGUUGCCCAUUUGGCUGUCUAUCUAGCUUGGUACCAUUUUUGAUUUCAUAACUUUGAACCAGUACUGGGGACAUGGAGGCAAUUAGGUUUGAUCCAGGAUGUUUUUGUACCUGAUAGAUGGCAACUUCAAUGGCUUCUGUGGGUCCUCAGAGAGUUCAAAUGCCCUCUGCCCCAGAGGCUACAGACAAAAACGCAAUUACAGGUACGUUUCUAUAGCUACCAUUCUGCCUUUGGUGUUUCUAUACACUUUCAAAUGGUACAUCACACCACUUUAAUGGUGUAAACAAUAUACCAAAUGUUUUUUGCUCAAUUCUGAAUCCCCAUGAUCUCACUACAGGUCCUGGGAGAGAGCCUGCGACAUCUUCAUCCAGUGCAGCUCAAGCAAAGUAAGUAUUCUGUCCAGUAAUAUCGUCACUUGACCCUGACGUUGUGCAUUUGGAAUUUGUUUAAGAAAAAGGGUCAAUGGCGUUAACAUUUCUAGGGUUUAUCAACUAGAUGUGUCAUGAAUGUGUGGUUUUACAACCUCCUACGUCUCUCCUCAUCAGGAAAUUCACCAUCAACGACUUUGACAUCGGGCGGCCCCUGGGCAAGGGCAAGUUUGGGAAUGUGUACCUUGCGCGGGAUAAGAAGCUGAAGUUCAUUGUGGCGCUGAAAGUGCUCUUCAAGUCUCAGAUGGAGAAGGAAGGUGUGGAGCACCAGCUCCGAAGAGAGAUUGAGAUUCAGUCCCAUCUUAGGUCAGUAGUACCCUGAUUUGGACUUUUCCUCAACUUUUAGAAUCUAGCCAAGCCUGGGGGGGGGGGGGGUAUUGGUUGACGUUGCCUUAAUAUUAUGAUUUCUCUGCGGGAAAUGAUUUGACUUGCUGGUUAACACCAACAUCAUGAAAUAUACUUCAGUGAGCGGAUUUCAGCUGGCGUUUGAAACUGACCAGUAUUCACUUUAUAAUUCAGGGUGCAUUCUUUUCUCAAAUUGGGGAAGGUAGGAGAUUUAAAUCAAUCAUUCCUCCCUCCCGUUCCUUUAGACACCCCAACAUCCUCCGCUUUUACAACUACUUCCAUGACCGCACCAGGGUCUUCCUGAUCCUGGAGUACGCCCCCCGGGGUGAGAUGUACAAAGAGCUGCAGAAAUGUGGUCGCUUCGAUGACCAGCGCACUGCUACGGUAAGAGAAGUUGGCAUUUUAUUGUUGUAUAGACAAGCUGAUUAAUCUAUUCUGAAUAAUCAGAAUCCUUUGCUUCUUUUACCCAUGAUCUCCAAUCAUAACAUUUGGUUGUUAGAUAGCCGCUAAUAUAAAUAAUUUGGUCUGAUAAUGGUAGCUAUGUUUUGGCAUUGAGAUUUAAGUUGCCAUUACUUUCUUUGCAUUUGAAUUGCAUUGUGCAAAUUUGUCAUAUCUAGUAUCUGUAUGUCCUUUGUUAGUACAUGGAGGAGUUGGCUGAUGCGCUGCAGUAUUGCCAUGAGAAGAAGGUGAUACACCGGGACAUCAAGCCUGAGAACCUGUUGCUGGGGCUCCGUGGGGAGCUGAAGAUAGCAGACUUCGGCUGGUCUGUCCAUGCACCAUCCCUAAGGUGAGCGAACCCUGAACUGAACCCUCUACAGCCUCAUAUGUUUGCUUCACAAAUAAAUACUGUGAAGUCAAUUUGUAUGUUUGAGAUUGACUACAUUUACCAUCAGAUUGUACAGAAUCACAGAUCUACAAAUCACCUUGUUGCAUCCCAAAUAACGACUUGUUUAUGUGAACAAGAUUAGAGAUUCUGCACCCUGCCUUGCUCAAACGGAUCUCCUGAAGGUCACGAAUUCACGGUGUUUUCCCUUCCUCUUCAUCUUGACUGUCUAUUUGUAGGUAUGUUGCCGUUAAAAACCCUGUCACCAAUCUAGUUGCUGUCUUACCCCCUCUAGGCGCCGUACAAUGUGUGGAACACUGGACUACCUGCCCCCAGAGAUGAUUGAGGGGAAGAUCCACGAUGAGAAGGUGGACCUGUGGUCCAUCGGGGUGCUCUGCUAUGAGUGCCUUGUUGGAAACCCCCCGUUUGAAACUGCCAGCCACUCCGACACGUACAAGCGCAUCACAAAGGUUUGCAUUUUUUUAUCAUCAAUUACUUGUGUAUCCAGUAGUAAUAUUAUCCCUAAUUCAAGUGUAAUCGCUUGAGUAGUUCCAUUGUGAUUUCUGACUGACAUCUGUUAAUUAAAUGGAAUAGGCAUACAUGUAGUAGCUAGAUAUUCAACCAAGGCACAGCUUUAAACAGUGAUGAAUGACCUCCCUCCCAUCUCUCAGGUUGACCUGCAGUUCCCCAAGGUGGUGUCUGAUGGUGCUCGGGACCUGAUCUCUAAGCUGCUCCGCCACAGUCCCUCUAUGCGGCUCCCGCUGCAGGGCGUCAUCAACCACCCCUGGGUGAAAAGCAACUCCCGACGGGUCCUACCUCCCGCCUUCGCUCCCAAGAAACCCUAAAUGUCCAAUGUUCCAGCCUGUCUACGCUUCUAAGAAACCCUAACUGUCCAAUGUUCCAGCCUGUCUACGCUUCUAAGAAACCCUAACUGUCCAAUGUUCCAGCCUGUCUACGCUGCCAAGAAACCCCAAAACCACCAUAAACAUACAUAUUCAUAUGUUUAUAAAUAAUUGAAUAUUCAUGAUUAUAAAUUUGAAAACCACCAAGUCUGUCCCAGCCUGCCUUCUACCUGGGUGGAGGACUGACUCUUACCCUGCUGAUUGGGAAGGACCGUGGAGAUGCGUGUUUUAGAUUUUCCCACUUUCAGGGAUUUUCACAUUUCUUAGUUAUCCGGACAAUCUUCAUCCACAAACUUUUAGUUUCACCCGCAGAUAUAGAUGGAUCUCCAGAUCUGUUAAGCUGGGACAACCAAACGACUAUAGAUUACUGUCAUUUUUAUUUCCAUUCACUCCCAGAACAAUUCAAGGGCGCCCUCUACUGUGAGAAAGAUGAUUCCUUAUUUCUUGCGUUUCUUAAAUAGAUUUUAUAAAUGUAUUUACUUUGUCUUUGCUUUCCUAUCUUCUGUUUUCAAAGCACCUUUUUGUACAGCCUGCAUGAAACAUCCUCUACAAAGCUUAUUCUCUAUCUGUGUUCCUUUUGCAACGGUUUUGAAAUAAAAAUGGCAUCAGGUGCUUCACAGGAUGAUGCCAAAUUAAUUUAUGGAAAAGGGUGGCAAGGAUCAAUUGAGGUUAUGAAUGUAGCGGGUGAAAUUCCAUGUCUUACCCCCUUGUGCCAGCUGAUGUCAGUGGUGUUCUGUGGUCCACUGGGAGUAGCAUUAUCCUCAGUCCUGCAAAUUACUCCUGUCAUGGGGUGACAGUUUUUCCCUGGGCUGUUGUCUCUGGGGUGCAUCUGAAAUGGCCAUAGCCGUGGUCAAAAGGAGUGCUGUCUAUAGGGAAUAGGGUGCCAUUUC